CCAAUGAGAAACCAGAAGCGAAACAGGGCGGUAUAGAUCUGACGUCACGCCUAUUGUAAGAAAAAAUAGCCUGGGAGAAAUCUUUUAAGGGAGCGUGUAUAACGUUAGUGGAACCGUUUGUCUUGCUCAACGGUCAGGAAUGUCAGCUGGCAGCGACAACGGAGCUCGGCUCAACCAGUUCAAAAACAAAGGGAAAGACGCCAAUGAGCUAAGGCGCAGGAGAGCGGAAGUCAAUGUGGAGCUCCGAAAAGCAAAGAAAGAUGAUCAGAUCCUGAAGAGGAGAAAUGUCCAGAGUCUUCUGGACGAGCCGACCUCUCCUCUGCAAGAGAAGGAUCCGAACGCACAGCCUCCUCAGCACUGGUCUGUGGAGGAGAUUGUAGCAGGUGUGAACAGCCAGAACCUUGAUCAUCAGCUCCAGGCCACUCAGGCAGCCAGAAAGCUCCUCUCCAGAGAAAAGCACCCACCAAUUGACAACAUAAUUGCUGCCAGCCUCAUCCCAAGGUUUGUUAGUUUUUUGGCAUUGUCUGAAUGUCCUCCCAUCCAGUUUGAGGCAGCUUGGGCUCUGACCAACAUCGCCUCAGGUACAUCAGACCAGACCACUGCUGUCGUGGAAGGAGGGGCCAUCCCAGCCUUCAUCAGCCUGGUGGCAUCACCCCACCCACACAUAAGCGAGCAGGCCAUUUGGGCCUUGGGUAACAUUGCAGGUGAUGGAUCCAACUACAGAGACCUAGUGAUCAAACAUGGUGGACUCCAGCCACUCCUGGCCCUGCUGGCGGCCCCUGACCUGUCUGUGUUUCCUUCUGGCUACCUGCGCAAUGUCACCUGGACGCUUUCCAACCUGUGUCGGAACAAGAACCCAGCCCCUCCCUUGACGGCGGUGCAGCAGCUACUUCCAGCCCUGGUGCGCCUCCUGCACCAUGACGACAGGGAGAUCCUAGCCGACACCUGUUGGGCUGUAUCCUAUCUUACGGAUGGCGUCAAUGAGAGGAUAGAGGUGGUCGUGCAGGCUGGCCUGGUGCCCCGUCUGGUACAGCUUCUUGCCUGUGGGGAGCUCUCUAUUGUGACUCCAGCCCUGCGGUCACUUGGCAACAUUGUGACUGGGACAGAUGAGCAGACCCAGUGUGUUCUGAAUGCAGGUGCCCUGGCGAUGUUACCCGGCCUCCUACGUCACCAAAAGCCCAACAUCCAGAAAGAAGCAGCCUGGACAGUGUCCAACAUCACUGCUGGCAAAGACACCCAGAUUCAGGAGGUUAUCAAUGCAGGACUGAUACCCAUCCUAGUGGAGAUCCUCCAACAGGCAGACUACAAGACCCAGAAGGAGGCAGUGUGGGCUGUCACCAAUUACACCAGUGGUGGAACAGUGGCCCAAGUGGCCUACCUCGUCCACUGCAAUGUGCUGGGGCCUCUGCUCAACCUACUGACAGCUAAAGAAUGCAAGAUCAUCUUGGUCAUCCUGGAUGCAAUCUACAAUAUUUUACAGAUGGCAUUCAAAGCUGGUGAGAUUGAGAAACUGUGCCUAAUGAUUGAGGAGUUGGGUGGUUUGGACAAGAUUGAAGCACUGCAGUCUCAUGACAACGAAGCAGUCUACAAAUCCUCUCUAAACAUUAUAGACAGAUUUUUCUCUGAAGAGAAUGAAGAUGAUGAGUCUGUGGUUCCUGAGGCUACAGAAGACAGCUAUACCUUCCAGAUUUCCAAAGACCAAAGCACUUUCCAGUUUUAACACGUCCAGUUUGCUCUUUGUAACAUAUACAAAACUGAAAAUUCUUACUUUUGUUUUAUAUUUUUGUAAUUUUUUUAGACAUUUCAUCCUUGUACAUAACAGUACAAACAAAAAUAUCUGUUCCGUUUUGAAAAAUAUUUGUAAAUAAAUUUUAUUCAUGCAUACAGUGUUUUUUUCUUGAUGUGUGUUUCAGAUAUAAGCAUGCUAUGAAUAGGGAAACCGGGCUUUGAUUCAUUUGUUGAAAAUAUGUGACAGAGUUGAGGUGUGAAGAACCAGUGGGAAAUAAGGAAUGAGAGAUGAGUCCAUGUCACCACUAGGUGACACUGCUUAUUCUAUUUGCUUGUUAGUUUACAGCUUAUAAUGAUCCUGUUUUACAUGUAAACUAUUUUAUGCCUGAAAUCUAACAAUUUUAAUGUGUCCACUGAAUAUCUCAGUAGAUGGCUCAGAGAGGAGGAGAACCAGACCCUGAGACCUAUAUUUAUCUACCCUCAGGGAAAAUGGCAUAAUGUCUAUAGGGGCUCAUUGGUUGAAUAAAUUCAAAAUAGCCUUGUCAUAAUAAAUGAGUUUUUUUUUCCGGGGUUAAUGUUUUUUGCCCAUGGUGGCUGUAUAAUGUAUAGCAGUGACUUUUCACAUUGGAGGGCAUGUAAUAGACUUCUAAAAUUACUCUCUUCUGCCUUUAUCCUGGCCAUAACUGAUUCAAUUUUCAUUGAUUAGUAAUAAUCCCAUGUGUAUACUUAAUAUUGAUGAAAGUUCAUUAAAAAUUGAGACCACUUGACCAUG